GAGAGAAGGCGACGUUUUUUCGCUUUGAUCGGCGAGACGACGAAAGACGGGAGGCGCAGCGGUUGCUGCCGAUGUACAUACGUGGUAGUGAGCGAAGCAGGGUGUGGUGUGCGGAGAACAGGUGUCCACGAGCGCAGCUCGACCGUGAAACGAGCAGAAGCCGGAAACGUACGGGGCCGGUGCGCGUUCGCCAGGAUGAAUUUUCGGGCUGGCUAGCCCGCAGAGAAUCCUCGCGUGAACAUCAUCGGCGAGAAACCUUGGUCAUACAGCUUGGUGGUAGCUGGCGUGGUGGCGUAUCAUGUCAGAGACACCACCGAAGAGCACGAGUCCUGCCGGCAGCCGGGCCAGUUCCGGCAGCCCGAGCACGCCACGUGGAGGUCGACUUCGGGACAGAGUCAACUUCUUCGUCGAGCUGUUCGAGGACAAGGAGGCUAGGCGAAAUGCUGGCGGACAAUUUCGAUCACCGACGAAUCCUAGAUCUUCUUCGCGGCCAUCCUCUCGACCAUCCUCCAGGGCCAGCGAUUCGUCGUUCGAGGAAAGUUUCGAACGACUGGUAGAAGAGGGUGAAUUGAACGGUUCGAAGGUGGUGAAGUUCGAGAAGAUCACGGUGCGAAAGAGCGUGAGAGAGAUCGGUACAGGUGGCGGCGUGCCUGGCUCUCAGCAACGAGGUUUACUUGCGGAAACGAGCAGAACACCGAGCGAGGAACACGCCCUCGAGGACUCGGCUUAUCAGAGUCACAGCCACGGUGCACCGAACUACGGAAGUAAAUCGAGCUCGGUCACGUCGUUCACGAGAUUUCCAUCGGAGGAGAGUUUGUCGCAUAGGAGGGGCAGCGGUAGCCCUCAGCAGCAUCUGGGUUUCGACGAUCGAACACCUUCCGAAUGGUACGCGGAAUAUCGCACUCAAAGCUUCCAGAAUGUCGCCACCAGGAUCGAAUACGUACGCAGUAAGAGCGAGUACGAUGCACACAUCGCCGAGAUUAAAGAUGAACAAGAACGCGUACAGAAGAAGACCUUCGUCAACUGGAUAAAUUCUUAUCUAUCUAAGAGGAGUCCUCCGCUUCGAGUGGAGGAUUUGAUCGAGGACCUUAAAGAUGGCACCCGUCUACUCGCGUUGCUCGAAGUUCUUUCCGGCGAGAAGCUGCCGGUGGAAAGAGGCCGUAACCUGAAGAGACCGCAUUUUCUUAGUAACGCAAACACCGCGCUUCAAUUCCUGCAAAGCAAAAAAAUCAAACUAGUGAACAUCAAUUCGUCCGACUUGGUUGACGGACGACCGCCUGUAGUGUUAGGCCUGAUAUGGACUAUCAUCCUUUACUUCCAGCUACGAUCGAAGGAUCGAAGGAAGAUCGAGGAAAACACCAGAGCUUUGGAGUAUCUUGGACACACGUGGGGUAGUCAGAGUAGCUUGGAGAGUCUCAGUACUCAGGGGUCCGCGACCAGCGAGAGGAAACGCAUCAGCAGCGAGAAAUGGAAGCAGGGAGCGAGGAAGACUCUGCUCCAGUGGGUCACCAAUGCUCUGCCAAAGGACAUUCAGGUACGCGAUUUUGGCGAAAGCUGGCGCGACGGCAACGCGUUCCUGGCCAUCAUCGACGCAAUCAAGGCGAACCUGGUGAACAUCGCGGCAAUGAGAGAAGCAACGAACAGAGUCCGUCUAGCAACGGCGUUCGACGUGGCGGAAUCGGAGCUGGGUAUCGCCAGACUUCUCGAUCCCGAGGACGUCGACGUUCCCCAACCCGAUGAAAAAUCUAUCAUGACAUACGUGGCUCAGUUCUUGCACAAAUACCCGGAGCCAGGAUCCGCUGCUGUCGAUUCCUUCGCGGCUGUCCAACAGGAAUACGAUAGCUUCCUCAGUUGGCUCUACGAGAGGCUGAAGUAUUUGAAACAAGUCGGCAGCUCACCAUUUUACGAUGAGUACGCCGCGUUGAAAGCGGAAAUCGAGCCGCAGAGGAUCGUGUACAAUAAGCUGCAACGUUUCGUCGAGACGCCUAGCAUGAUCGGCAUCACGCGGGAGUCUUGGAGGCACGUGCAGAAUCUGUGGAAAAUUAUGGAGAAGCUCAUGUUACGCUGGCUCUGGCUCCUAGAUUCCUAUCUGCCAGGAGAAUUAGGAGUGGUAGGCAGAUGGUUGCAUCGCGCGGAGGAUCUUCUACUAUCCGACAACGACAUCCCGGAAGAAAUGACAGACGAAACAGCCAACAUAAUCUCGAAUAAGCUCGAGGAGCAUAAAAAAUUCUUCCUCGAUCUUCCGUCCAUGACGGAGCUAUUUCAAGCGGCGAGAGCUAGCGAGGCCGCGUUGAAAGUGCAUCCUCAACAAUUAAACGAAAUAGCGGCCCGAUUGGACAGCCUGCCAGAUCGCGUCGCCAAACGCAGAAUCCGAUUAAAGUUCCUGGAGCACAAGUGCUGUCUUAUUGCUUUCUUGUUCCUGGUUGAAACGAAGUUGAAGGGUUGGAGCGUGAAAUACGACACUGAGGAAAGCGUGCACCAGAUGCUGGAGCAAUAUAGAAACUUUGUGUCGCGAAACAGAAUCUUUCAGGAGUUCCAAAAAGCCUAUUUGGACAUGCAACAAGUUGUCGAGGAUUAUAAACGUGAGGGUGAUGUUGACUCAGAAGAAAGCGCGAACAUCGAUCGUUUCAUGCGAGAGACCAGCGACAAGUGGAAGAGCGUGUCCAUGGACCUUCGUUGCGUGCAAAGCAUGCUCGAGGAGGUGGUGGCCUAUUGGCGUCGCUGGAACGUCAUCUCUGAUGAAUUUGUGACCUGGUUGAAUCGUGCUGAGCCUGCCUUGCAUCUUCCCGAGGAAGACAAGAUGGAAUUCUUCCAAGAUAUAAGCGUGUGGAAAGACAAACACCAACAACUUUCGGACACGGUGACGUUCUUGAUCGCCACCUCUGACGAACCAGUCGCUAUACAACUGAAGCAACGUUACACGAAUCUCACUUCUAGAUGGGAGGCUCUGUUUCAGGAAGCUAAACAGUACAUGCACGCCGGUGACGUGAUACGAAAUAGAAAGGACUACAGACAGGGCGUAGAAACUUUACAAAACUGGCUGAGAAAAGUCGAGUCGGCCUUGUCAGCCACUGAUCUAACCACAACUGAGAAGAUCCAGGCUUACGGUGAAAAGUUGCAAGUCUUCCACACUGAAGUAGAAGAGAUCGAAGAACUGUUCAAAACUAUCAGCAAGAAAUUCCAGUCGUUGAUUCAAGAUCUCUCUCGGGACGAAGUGGACAAAAUGAUGAACACCCUGAAGAAAGAGAAGGAAGCUUUGGUUAAAGUACGAGCUUUGAUACCGAUGCAGCUGCAUCUGUACCAUCAACUCCUGGUUCAGCAGGAGUCUCUAGAAGCUGGCCAAAAGGAAAUUGCCACGUGGCUGGACGAAGCAGAGAGAAUGUUGACUAACGUUGAUUUGUCAGGUGGUAGGGAGUACGUUUUAGGCCAAUUAGAGCGCCACAAGGCCUUCUUUUCGAGAACCCUUUACUAUAAAUCCAUGCUAGAAUCGAAGAACAAAGUGUUCACUAGUAUAGUGAAGUCUGUGGACAGCCACGCGGAUGUAGCUACUGCAGAAGGUGGCAGAACGUUGAGAGAAUUGAACGAGCGGUUCAAUAGAGUGUCUCAAGCGGCGCAGGCAUUGGAGCAACGACUUCAGGAAGCUGUUAGAUGUUGGACCAAGUUCAAAGAGUGCGAACGACAAGUCUGGGAAUGGCUGUCAGUUGCUGAGACCAUGAUGAAUGACAAACACACCGAUAAUAGACGAUCCAUAGAAUAUCACAAGAACUUCUUCAGCAAUGUGAACGAGAAGUGGAUUCAAGACUUUGUGAACGCUGGACAGGACUUGAAGAAUAUACUACCUCUGGAGAAGCAAGCUGCUAUCUUAGAAGCAGUUGAGUCACUUCAGAAACGCUGGAAAGAGGUCUUGACCUUUGCUCCUCUUCAUUUAAUGAGACUUGAGUUCCGUCUGGAUGAAACCACGUUCCUGCAGUAUCUGAAAGAGAUCGAGGUGGAGGUGAACUCGGAGCAGCAGGCUUUGAUGAAAAACGAUAAUGUUGAGAGUAUACUGCAAAGAAAUAAAGAGUUCUUCGUGAACCGUGGCACUGUUCUGGAAGUGGAGAAAUCCCUGCAGACUCUGAAGAAAAUUAGCCACGCUUAUACUCAACUGAAACCCAAUGACAAUAGCUUGGCCGAAUCUGUACAACACGCCGAACGCCUAUGGGAAGAUUCCACCCAGAAAGUGGAACGUUUGAGGGAACAAUUGAAGCAAGUGCCUGAGCAGUGGGCUGCUUAUAAGAAGAAAUUUGACGAGAUGGUACGUUGGAUGGACCAUGUGGACGGUAACUUGAGGACCAUUCUGCACGAGGUGAACACGUUGGAGGAAUUCGAAGCGGAGAAAACGAUAUUCCAGAAAAUAUGCAGAGAAGCAGAUAACAAGCGGGAGGAGAUGAAAUGGUUGGUCCAGACGCUGGACAGUCUGACAUCUAAUCGUUCAGACCACGAAGCUCUCUCAGAACAAAACCGUCUAGAACAGUUGAUCACUCGUUAUAAGAACCUCAUACCAACGAUAGAAAUCACUAUGACAAAAACCGAUAUUUACUCAAAAAGCUACACCUAUAGGAAAGAAGUUCGCGAAGUGUGCACUCUUCUGCGUAAAGUUAAAGAUCAGUCGAAAGUCGAUGUGGUGUCUGAAACCCCGGAGACCUUGCAGACAGCGGUUACUCAUCAGGAAAGCCGUUUGAAUCAGUUGGAACAACAGAGACCAAAUAUCGUGAGCAUGCUUCAACGUGGUAAAGAUCUUCUGAAAGACCAACACGCGCCUCCAUUCGUAUCUUCGGAGGUUCAGCAAUUAGAAUCAAGCUGGAACGACACUUAUGGACAAAGCGUCGAGACCCUGAAGUCUCUGAAGAGCUCACAAAAGCUGUGGAACACUUACUUGGAGCAAAAGGAAGAAAUCUUAAAGUUGAUCGAACAAGCUGAGGAGGAAUUGAGGAGAAUCGAAUCGACUACCUAUUAUGAAGCUUCGCAGGUGUCAUCCGAUCUUCAGAGUAAACAGGACUUUAGUUCAACAUUGAGAAAAUCUGCGGAGGAGCUACUGAAAAAGCUGCAAGAGACCUACAGUAAUUUGACGGAGGUUGCACCACCUGAAAGGAAGGAAGUACUGAAGAAAGAGAUCAUUCAAACUGAAAAACGAAUGGAGACUACUCUGAAGACUGUUCAAGAGAAGGUCGUGUAUCUACAGGAGCAUAGUACUAGAUGGAACAAGUUCCAGGCGAAAUUGAACGAGCUGCAAUUGUGGACUCAGCAGAGUGCGCCUCAAUCAAUUGCAGAUGCAGAAAAUUUAGCAACCACUCCUGAAGAGAUGGUUUACAGAACUGAGAGCUUACAAAAGGAUAUUCAGGAGAGAAACAAAACGUUGAAGUUCCUCGAAGAGGAGUCGCAGAAACUUGUGAAAGGUGGAAUUGACAGUCUUCCAGGAAAGCAGCUGCGCACUGACAUCAUCAAUCUCGAGAAGAAUAUCGAAACCCUUCAAAAGAGCAUUGUAACUCAACGUCAAACUGCUGUACAGAACCUCCAAACUUGGAAAGAGUACGAGAAAGGAAUUCAAGAGUUGAAACCUUGGAUCGAAGAAGCUGAGUUGAAAUCAGCCACCAUAGGCAGCAAACCUACCACUCUACCUCAGGCAGCUCAAAUGUUAGAAACCGCCAAAGCGUUCGAAGUACGAUGUCAACAGCACUUCCCGCAAAUUCAAGAUCUGUCUCUGGUCAGUCAGCGAAUAUCAGGGAGGACGUCAGCCUCCGACGAAGUGGACGCUGUUCACACUCGUUGGAACGCGGUGCACGACAUAGCAGUUCAAACAACUACAAAAUUGGACAAACUGGUCACUUCGUGGAAUAGCUUCGAAUCUGAGAUCAAAGAAUUUCACGAAUGGUUGGAGAAAUCCGAGAGGACUGUUCUCGUGGAACCGAAUACUGAAACACCGGAAGUAUCGGUCCUAGAAAAGGAGCAGUCUCGAUUGAAGGACUUUAAUAAAACCAUAUCUGACCAUCAGGCUCAAUUGAUAUCGCUGACGCAAGUGUCUGAUCAUAUCAGUCACGGGUUGUCGUUGGAAGGGGCGACUAACUUGAAAGCUCGAGUGUCAGACAUUAAAUCCAGAGUCAGCAAGCUGGCUGAUACGGUUAGAUUACAGAUCAAUCGUGUUUCCGAUGCUCUGUUAGCUCGCCAGGAAUUCCAGAUGAAGAUCACCGAUUUGGAAAACUGGAUGUCGCGACUCAGAUCGAACAUCGCUGAGAUCAGCGACGCGAGCGUGGACAGCGUCGACACCAAUCUUCAGGCUGUGCACGCGUACAUUCAGGAACACUCCGAGAAACAGCCCAGUCUGGAAGCUAUCUGCGAGGAGGUGAAGAACAUAUGUCCCAAGGGUUCGAUGACAGCCAAAGUUGCCUUGGUUGACACUUACGUUGGUCUGGAGAAGAAGUACAAAGCUUUAGGCGACGAUCUGCAACAGAAGAAGAAGGCAUUAGAGAAAUGGAUAGAGAUGUUGAGCUGGUUGAACGACGCCAAUGCUCAGUUGAGUCACUGUAAAUACGAAGCUGAAGCUAGGAAACCUACUAUCGCUGAUUUGGAGAGAUUCUCCUCGGAAUUGCAGGCUAUAUAUGAGAAGAUAGACACCUGGAAGAAACACGUCCUACCCGAUACUGCGGUUGGGAUUCAGAUUAGAGACAAACAGGGGAAACCUCUCUCCGCGUCGGGUUUGUUGAACGAUUUGGAGAACAAGGCUUUAGCUCUGCAGAAUGAAAUAUCCGCGAAACGCGACAGAUUAGAAAGUUUGGGGGCCAGAUGGAACAAUUUCAGAACGCUUCAGCAAACCAUCACGGAGAAAAUAUUGAACACUCAAACGGCUCUUCAGGAGACAGUUUACAACGUUGACUCUUGUAAACGGUUGGCUCCCGCUGUGGACAAGAUCGACCAAUUAAUCGAGGAACAUCAGAAGAGGGAACAGGAGAAAGAGAUUCUUCACUUCGAAGGAAGUUCCCUGAUGAAGGAGGACCAAAGAUCGACGACUAACAUUCAGGUUGUCCUAUCUUCCGUUGACGCCAAUUGGGAGAAGGUUAACGAGCUUCUUCGAGAGCAAAGGAAGAAAUACGCUGACAUGAACACUGAUUGGAAAAGUUACGAAGAAGCUAGACAAAAGGUGGAGAAAUCCAUCAAAGAGGCGACCGAUUUGUAUCAGUCGGUGAAAGGAGUUUCUUACGACGUUACUCAAGCGAAUAUCACACUGGAGAAACAUAAGAAAGCUCUGGACGUGCUGAAGAAGGGUAGGCAUUUCUUAGAGAAAAUGGACUCCAAGGCGCAACAGUUGACGAAAGAAGCGUCCUUAAUGCCGAGAUUCAACUCCGAACUGAUUGAAAACGAUUUGAUCGAAGUUCAACAACGAUAUCAAGACACUUACAACGACAUCAGCGAAAAACUGCAGGCUUACGAGACUCAAGUAAUCAUUUGGAAACAGAUCGAAGAAUCCAAAUCUGAACUUAUCAAGUGGCUGACUAACACCAACGAAGCUCUGACCAGUGCGUUUGAGCGUCUAAUGGACGCGGAGAAUUGCCAAGCGAGAUUAAUUAGGUACAGAGAGGAGCUACCUGGUCAUCAACAAUUGUAUCAGAACAUCGUCACGAAGAUCGAGCAGUUGUCGAAACUGAACAGCGACACCAGCAUCCCGACGCUGAAUUCUCUGCGUAAGCUGUUGGAUGAUCAAUUCACGGUGGUGAAAAGUUCAGCGGACAAAUUAGAGUCACUAACGUCGACGUUGAACGAGAGAGAAAGAACAAUCAGGCAGGAGAUGAAGAGAUGCGGCGACGCGAUAUCGAAGAUCCGCGAGGACAUUAUUAAAUGCGACGAUUUAACCGGGGAGAACAGCAAAAUCCUUGGCCGGAUCAAUAAAUGUCAGGGAUUGAAAACAGAGUUGGAACAGUGCGACUACGCUCUGUCUAAAGUCGAAGAGACGUUGACGAAGAUGUCGACGGAGUAUCCUAGCAUCUCCAGGUCCAGUUUGCCAAAAGAAUUGCAAGCUCUUCAGCUUCGAAGAGACGGCGUGGCCAGCCACGCCAACAAAGUGAUAGCGACGUUGAUAGCCUUCUUGACUAAAUCGUACCACGAGAAGUUCGGAGCUCUUCAACGUAUGGUAGCGACGCUCAAAGAGAAGGUGGCUUGGUGCGAACCUGAGCAGAGCAGCGAUCGUUACAACCUAGAAGUGAAAAUGGCGUCCUUGAUGGACGUGGAGGCUGGAAUCGCUGAUUGCAUCGCUAGGAAAGAAGACACAGACAGCUCGUUGAAGCUUCUGGCAUCCGUUGAAAGCGCCGAAACGAUGGCUGCUUUGAAAACCGAGUGCGAGAGGGUCGACGUUGACCUGGAAUCCCUGAAAAACAGUUACAACAAGAUCAAGAACGACCUCGAAAGAAAUAUCGCUCUGUGGCAACGUUACGAGCUUACGUCCGAGAAUGUUUUGUCCUGGUUGAAGGAAAACGAGAACAAAAUCAGAGCUGAAGCGUCCGCGUUGCUUAAUCCGAACGACAUCGAGCAGAAAAUCGCGGAGAUGAGUCAGGUGCAGAAGACAGUGAUGGAGUAUCACGGUGAAUUGAAAGAGCUGACCGCACUCGCCGAAGACAUCACCAGAGUUAGCUCUGAAUCACGCGUGAACCAGUACAUCGGUCAUCUGAACACGCGUUACGAUUACGUGUUGAAGUUCCUUGCUCAGCAUUUGGACAGGCUGAAAGGAUUAAAGGAGAACAGGGAUCAAUACGUGGCUAAUAAGAAGAAAUUGGAAGCUUGGAUCGAAAAUGCUGAGAAAGUGUUGAAAGCGUUCGACGAGAUCACCGGACCGAAGCCUAUAACCUUUUAUCAGUCGCGUUUGAAGGAAUUGAAGGCCUUUGCCGAGGAACGAGAGACCGGACAGGCUAUAUUGAACAAAACUGCAGAGGCUGGCGAAGCUUUGUUCGCCAGGAUUACACCGGAUCAGAGAGAGAUAAUCAGAACCGAGUUGAGAAACUUCCGUAACCGCGUGGACGCGAUGGCCGACCAUGCCAACGUGAUUUACAAGAGGAUAGAGAGCGACAUGAUGCACAGAUCCUCGUUCGAAGACAAGUUCUCUCAAGUGAAACAGUGGCUGGUGGACGCGCAGAAUAAAUUGGGAGAGAAACAGGAGUUGUUGCCAACGUUACAGGAGAAGAAGCUAACUCUUCAUCUCUACAGGGCCGUGGCGCAAGACGUCAGCGUGCACAAGAAUAUCCUUCAACAGCUUCAAGAUCGGCUAAGCACAACGCCGGACGACGAUGCUAGCGAAAUGCUGGCGAACGUGAUCGAAGCUUACGAGAAGCUGUCUAACGAGGUCGAAGGGCGAAUUAACAUAGCAGAGAAACACGUCUCUAACCACGAAGCGUAUCUUCAGACGUUCGAGAAGACUCGAGACUGGAUCAACACGGUGAUCAACGAAGGUACACCGAUAAUCGAAGACUUUUCCGUGGAACGUGACACCGCACAGACGAAAAUCACUGCUAUCGAGAAUCUUCUUCAACAGAGGGCGGAAGGGGAUCGAACUCUGGCUGACUGUAACGAGCAAUUGAACAUCGUUCUUGAACAAACCUCGCUGCAAGGCCAUCCGGCUUUGGUAUCAAGCUUCGGACAGCAGAAAAAGAUAUGGGAGGACUUCCUGAAGCGAUGCGAGGCUGCCAGAAACAAGUUGAAACGCAUGUUCGAUCAGUGGUCCGAGUUCGAGAAGAUCGUGGAAGGGUUGGAGGCCUGGAUCAAACAGAUGGAGGCACAACUGAAAGAUCAAAGUUUGAAGAGUACCGAGGAAGUGAAGAGGGCUCAUUUACAAAAGCUCAAGUCCUUGGAAGAGAGCAUCAUCGCGAAAGGAGCGGAAUUCAACGCUACCAUCGAGAGGAGUCAAAGUAUUGAGGCUGAAGCAGACUUAGCUACGAGAGUUUCUAGACAAACCACCAAGUAUCAAGCUAUCAGAAAUCAAAUAAAGGAGGCCGUGAUGCGGUACGAGCAGUUCGUGAAGGAGCAUAACACCUUCAAUGUGAAGUAUAAUCAGUUACUGCAAUGGAUAACGGACAUUCAGUCGGAACUGAAGAAGCACAGCGAGAUCGUGGGCGAUUUGUCUGUGCUGCAAAGCAGACAGAAGUUGAUCCGCGAUCUUGCUGACACUAGAACGAAAGAGAACGCUAGAUUUGAGUCGGUCGUAGAUCUUGGAGAGAAAUUAUACGUUCACACAUCUCCCGACGGUAGAGAGAUUAUCAGGCAACAGUUGAGAAACUUGAGAACUCUGUGGGAUGGAUUUACUGAAGAUUUGCAGAAUACCACGCAGAAGCUGGACCAAUGUCUGAUGCAAUUCGCCGAAUUCUCCUUGUCCCACGAGCAACUGACUGCCUGGCUUCGGGACGUGGAACGUGCUAUGCAUCAGCAUACGGAAUUGAAGUGUACAUUGGAAGAGAAACGAGCACAAUUGCAGAAUCAUAAGAUCAUGCAUCAGGAGAUCAUGUCUCAUCAGUCUUUGGUAGAAUCUGUUUGUGACAAAGCUCAGCAAUUGGUGGACCAGACCAAGGACACUUCCCUGAACGUCUUCCUGCCCUCUAUCAAACAACUGUUCCACAAUAUCGUGGCAAAAUCGAAAGAUUUGUUGGAAAAUCUGGAAGACUGCGUAGAGAAACAUCAUAGAUUUAAUUUGCAAGUGAAGAGCUUCUCUGACUGGUUGAACGGUGAAAGAGACAAGCUUGCGGAAUGUAACGACGUUACCGGAGAAAGAACAGAUAUUUGCAGAAGAUUAGCCACUCUGGCGAUGUUGAGGGACGAUCAGAUGCAGGGAGCGGAACAGCUUGGAAAGUUGAAGGAACUUAGCGACACGGUUAUUAAAAGAACCGCGCCGAAAGGAUGGGACGCCAUUAAUAAAGAGAUCACCGUUUUGGAAGGCAAUCUUCGUCAAUAUUUAGCCGAAAUAGAGUCAGUCGAAGAAAAGCAGAAGGCAGCUCUUCAGAAAUGGCAAGACUUCGAGGACAAAUUGGAAGCACACACGAAAUGGUUCUCCACGAUGGAAGCCGCAUUCAGGGACCAACAAUUACAGCCUACUUUGCAGGAUAAGGAGGCUCGUUUGAAAGCGUUGAAAGAGAAGCGUGACGCUAUAUUGAAGGAAGAAUCGAAUGUAGACGAGUUCAUUGACAAGUCUCAUAGUCUGCUUCACGCGAGUGGUGUUGAACGUAUCAAACCCAUGAUCUCUCAAAUUAGCAACAGGUACCAACUGUUGCACGUGCUCAGCAAAGAAGUAGUGACUAGGUGUCAGAGUAUCGUAGACGACCAUCGAGCUUAUGAAGAGAAACUAAAGGUCAUCGACGCUUGGUUGACUCAGUUGGAACAAAGUUUAGCCGGUCUGAAGAAAGACGAGACUGGUGGAAAUUUGGAAGAAAAAGUUUCUCGUCUACAGAUACUAUUGGCUGAGAAAGAGCAGGGUGAACAUCGACUGGGAAGUCUGAUAUCGUUUGGAGAGAGAAUUCUAGCUGACACAUCUGCCCAAGGAAGGGAACUGAUUCGUCACGAGUUACGACAGGCUCGAGAACGAUGGGACAAACUUGUGGAAAGCAUAGCCGAACAGCAAAAGAAACAAGACGCUCAGUCUUUGCAAUGGACCAACUAUCAGGAAACUUUACAACAAAUUUUGGCCUGGUUGGACACUAUGGAGAGAUCUAUAAAGCAGGAUUCGACGAUCACGUGGUCUUCUCUUCAGGAAAUUAAGUCCAAAUUGCUGAAGAGCAAGGGAAUGCACCAAGAAAUUCUGGCAUACAAACGUAUCAUCGAGGGCGUCUCAGAGAAGGCAAAUGCAUUAACAUAUGCAGUCCAAGCGCCAUCGGACGCUCGACAGAAAGCUGCUUCGGUUUCUGGAAGAUACGAGGACUUGGUCGAAAUGUCACAGAAGAAUAUAGCCAACUUGGAGACACUUCUCGACACGUUCCAACAGUUUCACGAUCUUCAAAAAUCCUAUCAAGAUUACCAGAAGCAACAAUGGGAGCAAUUGACCAAUUACAGCGACUACACGGGCAAUAAAGCUGCCCUUCAAGCCCAGUUGGCCAAGAUUAUGGAACUUCAAGAUGGCCAAAGAGAAGGAGAAUUAAAAUUAGAUAUCCUCAGUGAACACGUAGCUCAGAGUGCACAUAAUUUAUCACCCAGAUCGCUAGAAUCUAUGGAAAGAGACCUGGCUACGUUGAGAUUCGAGCACAAGAAAUUCGCCACUGCAGUAAAUGAUAUUAUUCGAUGCAUCGAGGAGAGAAUCCAACAAUGGAGCGAGUACGAGAAUUCUUUGGAACGUUUAUUAGCUUGGUUGGCUGAUGCGGAGUCAUCUCUGAAAAAUUACUCCCUAAAGAACACUCUCGAAGAGAAACAAGAACAACUGGAGAAGUAUCAGGCACUACAAAAAACCGCCUUAUCGUGGGACACGGAAGUGACGGAACUGGUGGCCCUAGGAGACCACCUGGACCAAAUGCUGAUCGUGAAUCUUCGACAAAACGAGACAGAGUUCGAUAAAAUGAGCGACGAAUCUUCCGAGUUGAUGCAAAUUAGCGGAGAAACGAGGUUUUCGGCCAAUGUUCAGCAGAUCACCUCGCGUUUCCAAUCUAUUCAAGCGACUGCUAAGGAAUUGGUAAAGAAAUGCGAACAAGCAGUAGCAGACCAUGUAGCCUAUCUGGAGCGCUACAAACAGUGCUCAGAAUGGCUAGCAAACACCCGAACUACCUACCAAUCCAUCAAAGACGAUCUCAGUGGCACUCGUCAAGAGUUAACUUCGAACGUUGCAACAUUGAAAGACCUUCUUGCUCGUCAGUCUUCGGCAACCCUUUUAAUAAACAACACCGUAGAAGCUGGAGAACGUUUGUACCCCACCACAGGCACGGAGGGCAGAGAGAUCGUCCGUCAACAGUUGUUAGAUCUUCAACAAGCCUUCGAGGAACUCUACGAUAGCAUCGCAUCGACCGAACGAGAGUUACAAUCGAAGAUUUCACGUUGGUCCGGAUUCGACGAGUCGAACGAAUUGUUCGACAGAUGGUUAAAGACCGUCGAGAGUCAAUUGAAGCCGGAAAUUGAAUUGAAAACGACAUUGGAUGAGAAACGAGCUCAGUUACAGAUCUACCGUUCGUUCUUGCACGACAUACAAUCUCAUCAGCAAGAUUUGCUCGAUCUUCGUGACAAGGCUGACAAUUUGCCAGAUUCCACUGACAAGGUGCAUCAGACGUUGAAGAGAUUAAACGAAAGACACGCUACAGUGUUGAAACGUGCUGCCGCGUUUGUCGAGAGAUACGAGGGUAUAGUCAGCGACCAUCAGCAGUACAGCAAGGCUGUUCUCGACACUCACGAGUGGUUAGACGCGACGCACAAUGCGGUUAUCCUUUGGGGUGACACGGAAUUGGAACGAGUGUCCCUUCACACUAAUCUGGACCGACUGAGGAAUUUAUUACAGAGUUUGCCAGAGGACAAGCCAAGAGUUCAGCAGAUAAGGAUUCUGGGAGAGAAGGUGAUUCCAGGAACUUUGGAAUCCGGUCAGGUUAACAUUCGUUCCCAGAUAGAUUCGUCUCAGCAAGAAUGGGAAGGCUUGGUCGCCGCGGUCAAGUCAACCAUCGAGACUCUGGAGAACAAGCUGCAACAGUGGAACGAGUUCGAAACAUCGAAGGAACGGUGCCUCGCCUGGAUGAGAGAGACCGAUACCAAGCUUCACGCGGUGGACUUGAAGGCUACGUUGCAAGAGAAGAAAAACCAGUUGGAGCUUCUGCGAACUCUCCAGGGGCAAGUCCGCGCGAAAGAAUUGGAAAUCGACGCUGUGACUGAGAAGGCUCAACAGCUUCACAAGAACAUCACGUCCCGCACCACGCAUAUAUCGGAAUUGAGCAUCAAGUAUCAACAGAUAUCGAACAAAGUGAAAGAUCUUAACGGUCGUUGGCAUCAAUACGUGACCACUCAUCAAGAAUUCGACAAUCAAGUAGCAGAGUGUACCAGAUGGUUGGACGACAUUAGAAAGAAGCUGGCAUAUUGCUCUGACCUAGGCGCGUCUUCGCAGAAAGAUCUGGAGAACAAGAUGGAGAUAGUUCAAGAUCUAUUACUGUACAAGGAAGAUGGAUUCGCCAAGGUUCAAGGAAUCGUAGAAUUAGCCCAAGCUGUCUUAGCAAACACAGCACCCACUGGACACAAGGCUAUCAACGACGCUGUUGGUAAGCUACAGGAACAGUGGAGCGCUCUGGCAUCAAAGAUGUUGGAGACUAAAACCAAUUUGGACGAUUCUAUCAAUAAAUGGGCCGGUCUUUUAGAACAGAUACAAUCGAUAAAUAAAACUGUUGAUUACAUGCGGUCGGCUUUGAACGAGUUCUUGCCAUUCCGGACGACAAUGUCUGAGAAGAGAUGCCAGUUGGAACGUAUCAAAGCCCUGGAAGAGAAGGUUCGAUGCGAGAACAUUGAAGUUGACAGUCUGAAGAUCAAGGUCGCCGAAAUGAUCGCCAGUGGUCCUCAAGGUUUGGCCGCAUCGCAGGCACAGAGUAUCUUGAACAGAUUCGACACGUUGUUCGAAAAGAUUAAAUCGUUGUUAACCGAACGCGAAGAACAGUACAAAGAUCAUAGAUUGUACAAAGAAGCGCAUGAUGAUAUUAUUAAUUGGUUGAGUCGAGCUCGCGAGAAGAUCCCGUCGAUGAAACAGAGACCGCUGAGCGAUAAAUUGGCUAUUGAAAAUGCAGUGGCCCCAUUGGAGAGUUUGUUGAAUAAGAAGGCUCAGGGUGAACUGUUGGUAGAACAUCUUCAGCAUACUGGGAAAGUCGUCUGCGCGAGCACGAGUCCUCAGGGUCAGGAAAUUAUAAGGAACGAGGUGAAAGCUUUAACACAAAGCUUUGAGGAACUGUUUAGAGAAAUUAAACAACAAAAAGAUCAAUUGGAGCAAACGGUGAGCCAAUGGCGUGACUAUAAGGAUGAGUACGAACGACUGAGCGAUUGGUUACAACAGUUCGACAUCCUGAUAAAAGCACAGAAGAAUUCUCUUCUGCCGAACGUGGCGGAGAAAGAGAAACAAGUGCAAGAAGUAAAAGAAAUACUGGAGAACCUGCUAAAAGGACAAGAACAAAUCGAUAGAUUCAACAAAACAGCCUCCGGCCUCCUUUCAUCUCAUCUGGACACUUACAUUAACAACCAACUUCGUCACUUAAAUUCGCGUUACCAGGUACAGGUGAACCUUGCCAAGGAUGUCUUGAACAAAGUUGAAACUAAUCUAGCUCAGCACAAAGAGUAUGAAGCUAACUUGGCCAAGACCCGUGCUUGGAUCGAAAACGCGAAGCAAAUUAUCCGCAAGGGGACUGAAGCAGCGUCCACUAGCAGCCGAGAAGAGUUACAGAGCAGAUUGGACAACAUUCAAGAGUUAUUAAGAAAACGCGAAGAAGGUCAGAAUCUGGUACACCUGACGGUGAACUGUGGAGAGAAAGUAAUGAGAAAUACUCGAUCAGACGGCCGCGAAGAGAUCAAUGCUCAGUUGAAGGAGAUUCAGAACGAUUGGGAGCGACUCGUGAAGAAGAUAUCAACGACCAAAGUCCAUUUAGAGACGAGUCUCCUUCAAUGGGCGGAUUACAGUUCGUCCUACUUGCAACUGCAACAGUGGAUCAACGACAGAGAAGCUAAAUUGCAACAGGUCUGCGAGCAGAAAGUGUCGAAAGCUAGGAAAGGUCUGGCCGGCCUGAGUUCUUUAGCUAUCGGAGAAAGAAAGGCGAACCUCAGACAGACGAACAGUAUUGUUCAAGACAUAGUGGCGUUCGAACCGAUGAUUCAGUCGGUCACCACGAAGGCUGAGGAUCUUCGACAGGCCACACCGGCCACCGAAAUCUCGAUAAAAUACGAAACAUUGAGCAAACAGGCCCAGGAGUUGUACGCGAAACAAAAGGAGACCGUUGAGCAACAUCAAGCGUUUAUUGAUAGUGGCAAUGAGUUUAUUCAGUGGAUAAGAGCAGCCAAGGAGAGACUCGGAAAAUGUUCAGAGCCUACUGGGGAUAAGGAGUCACUGGCGAAUAAGAUUACACAGUUGAAGGUACUGCAAAGUGAGCUACCAGAGGGGCAGAAGAAGUUGCAACACGCUUUGGAACAAGGGAACGCUGCGUGUCAGAUCGCCGACGAGGAAGAUAAGGAGAUAAUCGAGGAAGAAGUGGCGUUAUUGCAGGAAGAGUACGACAGCUAUGUGGACUCACUGAACAAUACGAAGAGUUUAUUAGAAGUAGGAAUAGUAAAAUGGACAGAGUACGAGGACCAAUUUUCAGAAGCUACUGAAUGGCUUACACAGACCGAGCAGCUUGUACAAUCAUUCAACAAACUUCAAGACAGUUUAGAAGAAAAGAAGAAUGUUCUUGAACAAUUCCAAAUCCACUUGCAGACGUUGUUCGACUGGCAAAAAGAACUCGACCGACUGAACAUGAAGGCUCAGAUGCUGUUGGAAACUUGUGCAGACACUAGAAUCUCAAACGCCAUUACCCAAUUGACAACCAAGUAUAACGCGCUUCUAUCUCUGGCCAAAGAAAUAAUGAGACGUCUGGAACUACAUUAUCAGGAACACCAGCAGCACAAUACGUUGUAUCAAGAGUGUCAGGACUGGAUAGAACGAACACGUGACAAACUGAGCGAGUGCAAGGAGAUCCCAAGCACUCUGACCGAGGUGAACAACAAGCUGCAUACUUGCAAAGCUAUUAGACAAACCUUGGAACAAGGCCAAAACAAGCUACGCUACGCUCUCGAGCUGAAGGAGAAGGUAAUUAUGAACACGGAGCAGAAUGGCGCCGCGAAAAUUCAAGAGGACACGGAGAACCUCAAGACGGAAUUCGAGAAAUUGUUGGUCAAUGUCGAAGACAUAAGGCAGAAGCUUUCCGCGAGAGCAAGCGCGUUGGAGGAAUUGAACAAAAUUCAUCGACUCACUACAGACUGGAUCGAGGAGAUCGAGGGCAAAAUUCAGCCGGGUGAAAUGUAUAAGAACGAUCUCAGUGAAAAACGAGCGGUGUUGGAAAAGUACAGGACGGUUCAGAGGGAUAUCCAAGGCCACGGUGAGACUGUUGAUCGAUUGAAGGCUCGCCUAGCCGAGGAUUCUAGUAUACCCGUCGGCCCUUAUCAAUCUACCAUUGCAAAAUACGAUGAAUUGACCAAGCUGAUUGCUGAAAAAAUUCGAAAUUUGGAGGAGCAAGUGAACGAUCACGAGAAGUUCCAACAAGCUUACAACGAAGCCGCGGACUGGGUACGUCGCACGAAAUUGGAGCUUCAGCAAAACUGCGACACCCACGGCGAGAAAGAACGUAUCAUCGAACGAGAGAACAAAGUGAAUCAAAUUAUCGCCUCGUUGCCCAAAGGGGAGACCUUGAUCUCAAAUGUUAUUCAAUUAAGCGACGCGGUGAUUGCCAGCACGGGUCCUGAAGGUCAAGAAGCUAUCAAACAGGAUGAGAAACAGCUACAAGCGAAUUGGAAAUCCUUGCAGGCGCAGUGUCACGAGUCCCAGAAGACUCUGUCCAAUUGUAUUUCCAGCUGGUCUCAAUUUACGGCUGCGUUGGACAGUAUGAAAAGAUGGAUAGAUCAUUUCCAGAAGAAGGUGAACGACGAGCAGUCAAAGGAGAACAAAACCCCGGAGGAUUUGAUCCGGUGCAAAAGUCUCGUGGAGGAAGCUAUUCAACAGAAGCCUGUAUUAGAAGAUUUGAACGACAAAUGCGAAGCAUUGUUGGAAAUGAGUGCUUGCAGCUGGGCUCGUGACAAGACCGUACAACUGCAGUCAGCUUAUACGUCCUUGUUGACAGACAUGCAAGGUCUGGUUUCAAGAGUGGAGAAGAAUUUAUCGGAUCACACCGAAUUUUUGAAGGCGAAGAAGGAAAUGGAAGAUUGGCUGCGCAUCGCUCGAGGUUCUGUGCAGGAUUGCAUGGGCGUUGGGGAUGCUGAAUGGGCUAAGGAUAAAUUAGAAACCAUUAAGAUUGUCGCAACUAGAAUAACGGAGGGUCAACAUCUGCUUUCAACGUUACAAAACGCCUUCACGAAAGCCAUAGACACGGCAGUGCCAGAGCAACAGGAUCAACUAAGAUCAGACAUGGCAGAACUUCUUUCCAGCUGGGAACAAUUGAGCAUUGACUUGAACACUGUUCAAGCACAGCUUAAGUCGCUGUUACAUCGUUGGGACGAUCACACAGAAGCUCAUGGGAAGAUGAAACAUUGGUUGGAAGAGACCGAGAACGCUACACAGGAACUUCCGGACACCAAGGGAGAGUUUGGUGAUAUGAAAACGAUGCUCGAACGUUACAAGCAUAUCCAAGAGGAAGUCCGUGGCAAAAAGACCGAGUUGGACCAUCUGAUGGAAGAAGCUGGCGAGUUAUCGAAACUGGCGAAGAAGAACACGCCGUUGGAACGAACGAGAGAACUGUUGAAACGUUGGGAAAAUCUAAGCGAGAACGUUGACGAGAGGAAGAAAUUGAUAGAAAACGAAAUCCAAGAGUACAACGCUUACCACGCCGCCUUGCAAGAGACCGAGAAAUGGCUGUUGCAAAUCUCCUUCCAAUUAAUGGCGCACAAUUCACUGUACAUUACCAAUAAGGAGCAAACAGUGUCGCAGAUCAAGCAGCACGAGAUUCUUCUGGCUGAAAUCGAGAAUUACACGAGCGUGCUAGACGAUUUGAAGGUGAAAGGAAACGGACAGAUUGGCCGAUACGUGACUGUAAAUCCUGAGAUAAAAACAGUCAUCGAAACGCAGCUGCAAAAUGUUCAGGAGAGUUACAAUUCUUUGUUGAACACCGCGUUGCAGAUUAAAAAACGAUUGGCGGAGUCGUUGGUCAAGUUCCAGGAGUAUGAGAACACCUUGGAGAGCAUUAUGAAGAAUUUGGAUGCGUAUGAGCCGGAAAUAGCGCAAGAAAUGGAGGCACCUCUGGACAAUCUUGAUGUAGCGAAACAGAGAUUCGAGAAUGCUCGCACAUUACACAAUAAAUUACAAGGUGAGAAAACGAGGCUUGCUUUGGCUGUCGAAGCUUGCGAAGCUGCGGUAGCUUGCGUCUCCAGGCCCGGAAGUCCUCUGGAUGCGCCGCCUGUGCAAAUUCCGGCGAGGGAAGUGGAAGUUAGGAAUAAACUGGAGGAAUUGAUCGAUCAGGCCCAGGGACACUUGAUGAAUGUGACCAAAGCAUUGAAUGAAUUGGAGGAACAAACCCGUCAGAAAAACACCCUCCGAGCUUGGAUAAAUCAACAAAGAGCUCUGUGUGCCGAGUGGAAGUCUCGGCCAGCGAAAUUAAGAUCCGAGGCCGCGCAUGGCGAGUUACAAGCAAUGAACGAUCUGCUUGCAAAUGUUGGAGAACGUCGAACUCACGCAUUAACCGAACUGUCGCUUCACGAGGACGACCAAGAUAUCGAAGAAGGAUUGAACAAACUGGAGGCAGAGUUGACGGACGCUAUCGCCGGCAAACAAGCUGCCCAGGACUUGAUACAAAAAUACAGAACGCAGGUGCAGAGUAUUCAAUCCUGGUUGGAUGCUCUGUCGAAGAAGGUUGACGUUAUCGAGAAGGGAAAUGGGCAAACAAUCGGACAGAAGAUCGCCAGUGUGAAAGAGAUCACAACGGAGUUUGAGUCUCAGGGACCUGGAAAGUUGAACGAGGUGAAAACUUUGAGCGAUCAAGUGAUGGACUCUGUGAGCAACUUGGAUUCACAGCAGAUAGAAGAGCAGAUCAAGUCCGUGGAAAGACGAUACGCUGAUAUAGCAAAGAAACUGCAAAGGAAGGCGCAAGUGUUGGACAUGACUGCUCAAGGUAUCGAGGCAACCAGGCAAGAGAUUGAAGAGAAUCGUGACUGGAUUCAGCAGAAGAAACAGCAAGCACAGAUCUCUGAUCCGGUUGGUUUUGAUAGCAAGCAGGUGGAGGAAAAGCUUCUUGCUUUGAAGGCGAUGCUGAAGGAAGCAGAAGGAAAACAAAUGGUGAUCGAUACCUUGGAGAAACGAGUCGGUAAUAUGCAGAAUGAAUUAGAGACCAACGAACAACAACAAUUGGAAAACGAAACGAAAGCUUUGCGUGGGGAACAAUCUCAGCUUUGCACGAUCUUGACCGAAGGGAUUUCUAGUGCAACGGCUGCAGCCGACGCUCGUCGCAAGUUCGAGGGUGAUUUAGAACGAGCACGAGCCUGGAUCAAGUCGAAAAGCAAUAAUUUGAAGAAGCUAAGCGGUUAUUUGCCUCUGAAGGCAUCGAAAGUGGAACAGGAUAUCAUUCAGCAUGGAGAGCUGGAAGCUGACAUUGAUUCAUUCAGUGAGAAGGACUUGAACGACAUCUUGAAGCAAGGGCAUAACUUAUUGAAGGAAUGUAACGAGGAGGAUCGUGCGAAAUUGGAAAAGAUCUUGGACGAAUUGAACAAGGAUUACGAAGAACUGAAGAGCGAAGCGCAAGAGAAGCAGGCGGCGCUUGCAGAUCUUCUUCAAGGACGAAGAGCGUUCGAAAGUGAAAUAGACAAGUGUCAGAGAUGGAUCAAUGAGGCUGAAGUGGCCACGUCUUCGGAUCUGAGGACUUCUAGCAUCGACAUUUUAAGAGAACAGUUGGCUAAGUACGAUCGUCUAAAGAAGGAGGCAAAGGAGUACGCGGACGACAUUGAGAAGCUAAUACAGCAAGGAAAAUCGAUUCUGCCGACCGUGAGCGACGCUGACAAACUGGAGCUAAACGAGCAGUUACAAAACAUGAAAGAGGCUCACGGCAGAGUGGCUGGUAUCAUAAGUGAAAGAGCUUUGGCACUUCAAAAGAGCAUCGACGAAGCCGAGGAAUCAUUGGCCAGAGUCGCCGAAGCGGUUCAAUACAUGACAGACGUGCAGAAGGAACUUCACGAGCUUAAUAAACCGAUCGGUGCCCGCGUCGAAGACGUGGAAGCUAUGUUAGAUUCCUACGAGAGGAUCCUAAACGACCUGAAAGCAAACAAGGCGAAACUGUCCGAUCUCCAAUCGGUCAACGUAGCCGAUCUUCAUGGGGUAUUGACUCAGCAGGACGAUCUCAUAAAAGCUAUAGAAUCGCAAAUAGCGAAACUUCGCCAGUUACUUCUGUUACGACAACAAUUCAUCGCUUUGAUCACUGAAAUUACGACUUUUAUCGCUAAGUAUACGGAGAUUGUUCGAGACAUCGAAAACUCUGGCCAGACUACGGAGGAAAAGAUUAAGAGAUACGACGACGCCAUUCUAAAGAUCCAAGAAUGCGAAGCUACCCUCGCAAGCGCCACGGACAAGGGCCAGCAGAUCGCUGCAGAGGGUUCGACCGCAGAUAGAAACAACAUAACGGAACAGUUACAAUCGCUGAAACAACAACUGCAAGGUCUGAGAAGAGCCGUGGAAACGCAGAGGGAGCAACAUGAGUUAGCUGCGGCGGAACAUAAGAGACUGGCGAACGAAUUGGCUGAGAUUCUCGAUUGGUUGGAGGAUAAAGAAAAAGAAGUGAAAUCCAGGCCUCUUUUAGAAAGAGAUCCAACCAGUGUGGAGGCCGAGUUAAAGAAUCACAACGAAUUAUGCGAGGCUGUCAACGAACAUCUCGAGAGAAUCAGAAACUUGAAGAACUCCGUGCCUCACGAGGAGGGGAUGCCUGGGUCGUUGAAAGAAAUGCUCAGCGAGGCGGUGUCGCUGCUGACCUCCUUGCCAAGAGAAAUGGAGGAACGUGGAAAUUAUUUGGAGAGUAACAUGAAACUCAGGCAAGAGUACGCCGCUCUCACUGAGAAGCUUCAAAAUUGGGUUCGCGAAGCGGAGGUUCGGCUUGAGAGCGACAAAGAUGGACUCGAUUUCGAGAAUAUUCUGAGCGAUCUCGAGGAGCACAAGAUUUACUUCAGCAGCGAGCCAACAAUUCGCGAGCUGGUUUCUCAGCAGAUACAACAGGCAGGUGACAAAAUUUGGCCAUCGCUGACCACGUCCGAGCAGGAAGAACUGAGCGCGGAACAACAGCAGCACACUCAAUUAUUGAAGAACACGUUGAAUACCGCGAAAUCCCAACGCGCCAGAUUGGAACAAGGCGCUGAAACCUGGAGGGACUACACGCAAACCCUCGAGCGAGUUCGAGCUGUUAUCGCGAGGAGCAGAUUCACUGACGAGCCUGUCACGACUCUGGCUGGAUUGCAAUUUAACAUCCAGAAGAUCACGCACGCGCUCAAUGACAUACAGAAUCAGCAGUUCGAAUUAGACCUUUUGAACGAACGUAGUCGCGAGGUGCUUCGAUUGGCUGACAAUAAUAACAAGACGACGAUAGAAGCACAAAUCUCUGAAAUCAGCACGGAAUGGAAAGAGUUGAUUUCUGGGCUAGAAGGUCGCAGAGACGCUCUCGAAGCGCUUUCCAAGCAUUGGGAAGAUCUGGAGGCGCAAUGGUCCGCGAUUGAAACCCGUGUAAAUGCCAUUGAAGAGAAGAGCAAACUUCUAGACACCGUAGUUCGGUCUAAGCAACACUUGAAAGACACCAUCAAGGCUUUGCACGAGUUGGUAGCGGAAGCCGAGAAGCUGAAACCAAUGACAGCGGAGGUGAAAGAUUUGUCAGGACCUGUUUUAGCGUACCUGGCAGCCUUCACAGAGGCGCCAGCCCAUGCUCUCGAAGAGAGGUUGAAUAAGCUGCAGAAUUCCGUCGAAUCGCUCGUCGACACCCUGCAGACGAAAUCCAAGAAGGCGGACGAGGACUUGGAGACGUUCGAAGACGCCGAGCGUGAGAUCGAGCAGCUGAGAAAGCGUUUGAACGAGGCGCGCGAACGCGCCUCGAGCCUCUACGUGUACGGUCCGGAUCAGGACGCGACCGAGGAGGAGCUUGACGAGCUACGCUGGUCUGUCGAGCAGCUCCUCGACAGCGCGAAAACGUUCUCAGGAAGCACUAAGGCGCGGUACCAAGCUAGCCAGCAGCUGGUACCCAGCGAUCUUGCUCAACACCUGACAGCCCUUGAACUCUGCGCCGAGGCAACCGCGCAGACGAUGGAGGAGAAACAGAGGGAGCAGAAACGGGCGAGGACCGUCAGGUCGGAUUAUCUGACCGAUCUCGACGAGGUUCAAUCGUGGAUCAGACAGGCCGAACUGAAGGUGCAGGACAGAUCCAUCGAGCCCAUCCCUCUGAAGGAACAAUUGAAACAGGUGCAAGACGAGCUGGGCACCGUCACCGACAAGCUCGAACGACUAACGAGAAACGGCCGUACCAUUGCGGAGAACACGAGGGACGACACGGAGAAACAGUUGAUCGACAGCACUGUUCACAGUGUCACCGAACAGUUGAACCAAGUGAGGAAUUGGCUAGACGAGAGGAAGCAAGUGGUGGCUGACACCAUCGACGCUUGGCAGAGAUUCUUGACGUUGUACGAGGCCAUUAAGACGUGGAUCGAGGAGAAGAGACAGUUCCUAGUUGAGCCGCUGAAGCUCAGCACCCUCGUGCAGGCUAGGCAGAGGCUGCACGAGUAUUCGAUAGCCGUGAAAAGCUGCAAACAAAUCAACAAGAAUCUCAGCGACAUGGGUAAAGAGCUCGAGAGUAUCGGUCAGGUUUGCAGCGUGGGCGACCUGCCCGAGAAACUGCUCGAGGCCGAGGAAGCGAAGGUCCAAGUGGAGGGUCAACUGUUGGAAAGGAACGCGUUGCUGCAAGAAACUAGCGAGGAGUGGGAGCAAUGCGAGCGAAAGAUGAAGGAGGUGAAAACGUGGAUCGAGAAAGCGAAACUGAGUCUCGAGUCGCCGCAGAACAAAAAGAAACCGUUACGGGAUCAGCAUAUUAUACGGGAGAAAAUGCUGAGCGAUGUCGCGAUACAGAAAACGAAAAUCGGUAUUUCGAUGGAGAAGCUUCAGGUUCACUUCCGGUCCGGGAUCGGUGGCGAUAGUCGAAUCGGCGAGACCGUUGACGAGCUGUUGGCCGAGCUAGACAACCUUCACGCCAACGUGAAAGAACAGACCGCGGCGUUGGAGGCUUGUUUAGCUCAAAUUGACCAAUAUCAACAGGAGAUACAGCAGUUGAGGCAACAGAUUAUGCAGGUGGAGCAGCAACUGAGGACAAUACUGAGCCCGACGUAUCUGUCCACCGACAAGGAGAAGGCGUUGCAGGAGCAACAGAGCCUGCAGCAAAGGAUGGACGAUUGGAGGCAGCGGGCGAAGACGCUGUUGGAUCAGAUAUACGCCGUGGACCCGUACUUUGUACAGAGCAACGAGACAAGGUUCGUCAAUCAGGUCUCGUACGCGGACAUCGCCGCUGGCCGGUCCAGCCCGAGCUCGAGGGGUUCUAGCCCGUUCAGAAACACCUCGCGUGACGAGGCUUCGUCGACCCCUCUCUCGAUUCAGGUGCUGAAACCCACCGUGCAACUGUCCAGAACGAUCGAAGCCCAGAAACAACCAGCUGUCGAGCCGAUCCGCGACGAUGCUCUAACGAACGUCGCCAGAACCGAAACGAAGACGAAAGAGGAACAGGCGACGAAGUUCGAAGAGCAGAGCGAGCCCGACGCGAGAGCCGAGGUAAGAAGACACGUAUCCAAAGUCGAUUCGGUGAGCUACCGAUUGAGAAAUCAGCCGAGAAGGUCUGGCUCCGCGAAGAAAGACGUUCAAGAACGGAUCAAGGGAUCUCGCGAGAGGAAUUCGUCCGCGGAGGCUGACAACGAGACACCUAAAUCGGUGGUGGAACAGAAGAAGGAGCCUUUGACGAUCAAGAACACGCUGGCGCCUAAGAUCGAGAGGAGAGGAAGGUCUGCUAGUCCCAUUUGGAUGCCCGGAUCUACUUCCUACGCGGAUAUUCUUCGCGGGAACAGGCAGAGUUCUCGCAGUCCUUCGGUAGAGACUGGGAAAGAUGCUCACGUAGUUGGAAGAGAGAUUGAAGAAACCGUGGUCGAGGAAUCAUCUGAGACUGUCCAGCAGAAGAUAGAAUUCCAGGUGCCUAGACUCGAGGUAGAGGAAGAAGUUGUGGAGGAGUGUUCAGUCGUGGAACAACCAGCUGAAGAAACAUUGAUGGAGAGUUGCAGCCAGCAACAGCCUGCCGAAGUUGUGCCCGAAGUUGUACGCGAAGAAGUCGCGUCUCCCGUGAAAACGAUCGAGAAACCGAGCGACGCUGAAGCCGGUUGGAGGGACGAAACUAUGGACGAGUAUGUUCUACUGAACGAGAAGAGCUACGAGAACGUUUCGAGGCAGCCGGUUGCAACAACGCAGCAAGUUCCCGAGGUCUACAACUACAUUCACCCGCCCAUCACCGAGUUGGUUGGGUUCAUCGGAUCUCAGAUCGCCUAUCCAGUAAGUUCCUACGUUUACAUGCCAGCUGCACCGCCCCAGCAGAUCGCUCUUCCUCAUUACACCGAGAGCCAGAUAACCUUCGCGUCGGAACCGUACGUGACGCAGGGUAGCUACAUCUCCGAGCCAGAGAUUUACCAGCAAAGUCAGUUGCAGAAGCAUUCGCAGAGGCAGCCGCAUCAAUCGAAAUUCAAGGCUCCGCCGAAGAGCACCCCUGUCGUUGUGCAGAACGUCGAGGAGAAGUGUCUGCCUAGUAGGAUUCAACAGCCUGUGGUCGUCGAGUCAUCUCUCGUUCAACCGGUUCAAGCGGAAGAAGUCCCUGAAGAAUCAGCAGAGAAACCAGUAGAGCCAGAACAACAGUCUGUGCAACAACCUGUGCAACAACCUGUGCAACAACCUGUGCAACAACCUGUGCAACAACCUGUGCAACAACGACCUGUGCAGCAACCAGUAUCAGAAAGCACGCCCGUUAAGACGAAAAACACCGUAUCAAGCGAGAGCAAGACGUUCUCCUAUGCUCAGAUUUUGUCGCAGGGUCUCAAUCCUAAACCAACGUCAUCGGCUGCUAGCGGCCAGUCCCCGACAACGACGACGUCGUUUACGUCGAGACAAGAAGACUCGCAUUCGCCGGCAAACUCGACGACGUCCUCCGUGCACGAGACGAGUCCCCCUCAGGAAACUGGACAGGUUCGAGAGUCGUCGGUAGGCAAGCAGGGAGGAGCGUGGGACACGUCGAGAAGACGAGAGACGAGGAAGACUCACCAAGAGUCGCCGAAGACGCGAAUUCCUGAGAAGAAGGCUCGCAGAGGAUCGCAUCCGAGAAGCUCGCCGAGUUCUCAAAGAGGCCAGAAAGAGAAACCUAGGGCUAGUACCGAGCAAAAGAAGCAGGUACACGAAAUUAAAGACGAUGAUAUUCCUGUGAAAGACUCCAAGGUGAUAUCUGAGGUGAUUCCAAAGAGUAGCGAGGUUCAGAUUGAAAGGGAGAAGGUGGAUGACUUGGUUAAGCCAGAGAUUAAGCAAACGGACGUUGAGAAACCGAGGAGGAUCGAAGCUCAGAAGCAGGACGAGAAGAAUGCUCGCAAGGAAACAGAGGCUGAUGCUCAACAGAGAAGUACUUCUCAGGAGAAGAAACGAAAGGGGAAGAAGAAGAAGACGACGGAGAAACAGGACGACGAGAUAGAGAAGGCACUGAAGGAGAUCGAGGAUAUGGAUAGGCACAAAAGGAGAGACAAGUCGAGGGAACAGGCUAAGAAAGAUGCGGCUCAAAGUACGGCGGAGAAGGCUAAAGAAGAAAGCGAGAAGAAAAAUGUGAGAUCCAGCGAGAGGAAGAAACAGAACAAGUCGAGACUGGAGAAGGUUAAAGACGAGCCAGAGACCGCGCUAAAUCAGAAGGAGUUUAACGUAAAGGAACAGGUUAGAUCGAAAGACGACGCGAAGGUGAGCAAAGAGGAGAAAGAUUCUGAGAAGAAAAACGCAAAGGACGAUAAAGACAGAGAAACGAAGAUUGAAGAAGAUCGAAGGAAGGAACCUGAAAAGAAAUCUGAAGCGAGGGAAGAGAAAUCUCAGAAGGAACCUACGUCCAAGAAGAAACAGAAGGGUAAAGAGCAACCUGCCGCAGUGAGAGACAAGUCUAACAAAGAUACUAAACCCACGAGAGUCGACGUAGAUUCGGAGCAAGUUCAGAGAACCGCUGGUGAAGAUAAAGUAGAAACUCAGAGGCAGAAAGACGCGAAAUUAGAUACAGCUGAGAGCGUUCAAAAUUUGGAACGGCUGAAGAAAGAAGAUACAAAAGUUACGAAGUCUGCGAAACCAACCAAGACAACCCCGGAAAUGAAAGUCGAAUCCAAGGAUAAACCACGAAGCGAGUCGAAGGAGAAAGAACCGACGAGACUCAAAGAGCAAGAGAAGUCGAAUAAGAGGACUAAGAAACAGAAACAGGGACACGAACAAGAAGUGUCCAAGGACCAAUCGAGACAGAAAAAGUCUGAAAUUGAGAAAUCAGAAGUGACGAAAGACGUAGAAUCGGAGGAGAAGCGAGAGGUUAAAGCAGAGGUUCGUGUAAAUACUCCGAAAGACGAUAAAGAUAAGAAAGUAGCUGGAAAGGAGAAAGGAAAGAAAGGUGAGACGAAAGAUCAGAAAUCGGAAGUAACGUCGAAGGCAGAAGAUAACAAGGAGGAACAAAAGGCGAUAAUCAGCGCGUUGAUUCGCGUCAUAGAGUCAACGAUGGGAAUUGGCGAAGCUGAUGAAUCGACGUCGGAAACGGUGGUGCAGGAAAACGUAGAGAAAAAGCAGAUAACUGAAGGAGAGGAGAAGCAGGAUAAAUCUGGCGAAGAGCAAACUAUGGAGGGCAAAGAUUCGAAGAUAGAUUCGGAAAGAGACUCGAGAGUGCCAAAAGAAGAACCGAAGAAAAUGGCUGAAUCGGAGAAACAGGCGAAAUCAAAGAGAAAGAAGUCGAAGAAGGAAGAAGAUGUUAAUCAGAAACUUGCGGCUGAAGUAACAGAGUUUACUGAAAAAGACGAAAAAAUCGUCGAAGAAAAGUUAAUUGAAGAGGAGAAGGUUACAGAAGAAUCGAGAAAGGAAUAUUUGAAACCUGAAGCCGCCACGCCGAGUAAAGAACAAUCUGGAAAGAAAAAGCAUAGGAAGUCUAAAUCACCGAUGAAAGCAAGGAAAGAAGAAAGUUCUAAGCUUGUGGAAGGAAACGAGAAAUCUAAAGAGAAAGAAGAAGGAGUCAAGUUAGAAGAAGAGAGUGGUAAACUCGAUACUGGCAAGCAAAUAUUUGCGGAGGAAAUGAGAAAAGAAAUUAUUACCGAGGUUAAGGAAGAAAUUGGUGCGAUUCAAACAGAGAAUCAGAGAGAAGAGAAUGUUGUUGAUGUAAUAGAGAAAAUUGAAGUAGAAUUUGAUACUAAAGAUACAAUUAUUGAAGAAAAACCUAUAGAAAACGUCGAAAUAUCAGGAGAAAAGGGGAUACAAGAAUCUAAGGAAUCGAAAGAACUUGAAAAGGUUGAAGAAGGUGACGUGAAGAAGGAAGAAGAAACCCUAUCAAAAGCAGAUAAACCCAAUAUCCACGAACCGGAGCGAAAAACCGAAUCUUCAAGAGCAUCGUCAAAGUCCAAGAAAGCAAGUAAAUCAAAAGAAAUAUGUGUCAUCGAAAAAACAAGUCCAGUUCCUGUUAUCGAAUCCAGAGGAGAAUCAAAAUCCAGUCAACCAAGCACGCCAAAGUCCGAUAAGAAAAGGAAGAAGAAACAGGAGAGCAGAGAUAAAGUUGCAGCCGAAUCUCCACAACCAGAACGAAAGACAGUCACUGAGGAACCUGGCGCAGACGUGAAGUCGAUCGAACAAUCUGUUGGAAUCAAAAUAUCUGAAGAAGUAACUCCUGAAAAAUCCACUGGAACGGUAGAACCGUUCGUAACUUCAUUGACAGAACCUGAAGACAAAGAAGAGACGCUUAAAGAAGUGAUUCGUGUCGAAGAAACUCCAAAGUCUGACGAAUGUGAAUCUCAACUGCGAGAUUUAAUUGGAAAACCAAGCACGACGAAAGAUUCUUCUCUUUCGAAGAAAGAGGAAGCUGUAAAUGCUAGUGUUUUGGAUACGGUUUCGUCGGUCGAACGAUCAUGUUCGCCGGAGAAAUCGUCGAUCGUCGAGGAAACGGUAACCACGGUGGCCAGCAUCGAAACUGAGCCAUUCGCGAAAUCGUUAGAGAACGUAGAAAAUAUUCCCUCAUUCGUGGUCGUAGACUCCAAAUCCACCGAAUUAAUCACCCUGCGUCCUGAUACAAUAGAGACUAGCCUAACCACCGAGCAUGCUAGGGUAUCGAAUGAUUCAGCCGUUGGUAUCCCGUCGAAGGUGUUAAACACGUUGUUAGCUGACGUUGACAAGUCGAUUUCCGAUUACGCGACGUAUAUCGACGAUCUUGUUAAAGACGAUCAGCCGAUUCUGUUCGGUAGCGUUCAGGAUAGGAGGAGGGGUCGUUCCGGUACACCGAAAUCUGUAGAAAGCGCGAGAGACGAGAGGGAGUUGGAUGUUAUAGAGAAAGAACAGGACGCGAAGGUUUCCCAGAGUAAAUCUGAGGACGUAUCGGUUGAGAGUGAUAAGACUGAGGGUGAUGGUUCAGGGACGAUGGUUCAGGAGGAAAUUAAAAUUAUUGGAGAAACUGCUAGCGUAGAGUUGAAAGAUUCGAGCGAGCUUCGAGUGGUAGAGAGCGAAGGUGAAAUUGCGGAAGAGAGUUUAAGAUUGUCAGAGAAACUGUCAGAAUCGAAGAAUUCGGGCGAGUUAGUGAUAGAGAGCGAAGGUAAAAUUGCGGAAGAGAGUUUAAAAUUAUCAGAGAAACUGCCAGAAUCGAAGAAUUCGGGCGAAUUAGUGAUAGAGAGCGAAGGUAAAAUUGCGGAAGAGAGCUCAAGAUUAUCAGAGAAACUGUCAGAAUCGAAAGAUUCGGGCGAGUUCGUGAUAGAGAGCGAAGGUAAAAUUGUGGAAGAGAGCUUAAAAUCGUUAGAGAAACUGCCAGAGUCGAAAGAUUCGGGUGAAUUGAAGCUAAAAGGCGAAGGUACAAUUCUGGAAGAGAGCUUAACAUUAUCAGAGGAACUGCCAGAAUUGAAAGAGUCGGGUGAGUUAAAACUAGAGAGCGAGGGUAAAAUUGUAGAAGAAAAGGAGGAGUUAGGAUCAUCGGAGAAGCUGCCAGAAUCGAAAGAUUCGGGUGAGUUAAAACUAGAGAGUGAAGGUAACGUUGUAGAAGAGAAGCAGAAGAUGAGCGAAGAAUUGGAAGAAACUUCUUCUGGCGUUCAACAAAGAGAGAAAUUUGAGGUAGAAUCUCGUGAAAUGAGCUUGGACAAAAAAGACAGGGGACGUGUCGACGAAAUGGUCGAAAUUUCUGCGAAAUUCGAUAUUUCCCAGUCUGAUGAAACGGGGAGGAUUGAAGACAAGGCGAGUGUGGUUGAAGGAAAAAAGAAGGUUCAUCCGUAUUGCUUCACAGACUUGGUCAAACCGUACUGGUUCGAUUAUCGUCCGUACAUCGAGGCAGAAAUCGAUUUCCAUCGUCGUUUCAAGGUGGUAAGAGUAAUCGAGGAAAAUGUGCCUGCUUCCACGGUAUCAGAAUCGAAGAGCAUUGAGAAAAUAGUUCAAGAAUCGGUUAUGAGGAAGCCUGAAAAGUUGGAAGACGCGGAACAAUCUGAGGCCGAGUGUAGAAAACUUUCCGUUCUCAAGGAAACUCUGAAGUAUCCAAUUAGCACAUUUUACGAACUGGAGUCCGAAUGGGCAAAGUCCAAGCAGACAGUUAAAGAGAAAGAAGUUACAUCGACUUCUUUGGAACUCGCAAACGUUGAGGUUGCAGAGGAAGAAAUGCAGGCUCGAGGAGAGGAGAGACAGCCGGAGAGAUUAGAAGCUGGGGAAAUAUUAGAAGAGGAGGUUAAGAAAGAGAAAACUAUCGCGGAAAUUACCACGGAAAUUACAAAGUCUACGGAUAUCAUUCUGGAUCAAACGGCAGCUCUUAUCGAGAACGUGAAUAAGGAACUUGAUAUGCUGAAGAAGGAGAAGGAGCAGAAUAUGGCGGAGAAAGAAAUCAAAGAUGGAGAAAAAGAAGAAAGAGAAACCGAGAUUCAGAAGAAGAAGGAGCAGGUGCCUGAUGGAAAGUCAAAAGAGAAAUCGAAGAAAGAGAGGCAAGCAAAAGAUGAGAAAUCAAAGGCUAAGAAAGAAGAAAAGAGGGAGAUAAAAUUACCAGCUGGAGAGCCUGAAGUAGUCGAGAAGAAGGAUGAAGAAUUAAUCAAAGUCGUGGAACCUACUACGACUGUGAAAGAAGAAAUUAAGGAGACGUCGUUGCCGCUCAAAGAGUCUGAAAUAAUUGAGAAGAAGGAUGUUGAAGAAUUAAACAAAACUACAGCGACAACUGAGGAAAAAGAAACUAAGGAGCUUGACGUAUGUCAGAAGGAUGAUGCCGCGAUUGUUGAAGCUAUAGAGUUGACACAGAAACAACUUGUCACAAAACUAGACGAAAUAGUCGAUCAAAAAGAAGAAAAUAAGCUAGAAAAGCGUAUCGCAAAAGAAGAGCCAUUAAUCACAUUAGAAUCAAACGUCGACGAAGAAGUAAAGCUGACAGCAGAAAAAGCAAAAGAAGAAACGAAAUUAAAAAAAGGUAAGAAGGAACAGGAGGAACAAGGCGAAAGGAAAGAAAUUAUCCCAGAAUCUGAGAUACUAGCUGAGAAGAAGCUUGAGAAAGUGGAGAAGCCUGUUUCUGAAAAGAAGAAGGCUUUUAAAGAAUCUAAGAAGAAAGAGAACGUGAAACAAAUGACGAAGGAAGAAAAGUUAACAGAGGAGGAAUUUGUUACUGUCGCAGCUGAGACAACAACAACUGACAAAGAGAUAAAAGAUGCACCUCAAUCUCCAGUGAAAGAGGACAGAAUCAAACCUGCUGAUAAACCCAAGAAAGAGGAAGCAAAGACCAAGUCGAACAAACAGAAGCAGCCUAAAGAUAAACCUGACGUGAAAGCCAAGUCUGUGCCAGAGAAAGAAACAAAGAAACACGAGAGACAAGAGAUCGGUUCGCCAGAUUCGAAGAAGAAACGCGAUGGAAAAUCAAAAAGGACAAGCGAAAUUCCUCAAGCGUCGGUCCCUCAGGAAACUUUGAUUGAAAUUUCUCCGGAAGAAACUAAGCAGGAAGAAACACAAGCAGAAACGAAAGAGAUGUCUAAGGAAGAAGUUCAAUCAGUUUGCGGCAAAUCAUGGGCAUCAGUGGUUGGUACGAAAGGAACUACCGAUACAAGCAAUCUCCCUGCAGAAAAUGCACAAACGUCGGACGUGAAGUCAACUACUCGAGAAUCGAUCACCGAAUCACCGAAAUUGGAGAAAAUAGAACAGACGGUGGAAACAGUGCCCGAGGAGCCACAAACGCAGCACAAGAAACAUCAAAAGAAGAAAGAGGCCAGACAAGAAAAGAUUGUCACCGAGACGAAAGCUGAAAAAGAAAAUGAAGUGAAGUCAGCCGUUGCCGAGAAAGUCGAGGAAUUGGAAUCGACUACAAAAGAGUCAAACAAAUCGUACGCACAGGUAGCAGCUUCCAGCAAAAGGACUUCCCCGCAAACGAGUCAGGAGGAAGGGGUCGUGUUACUUAAACCGAUUCCUCUUAUGCCUAAUCAAAGCGAGAACAGAGAAGUCACUCUUGAAGAAUCGCCAGGUGUAACAGAAAUUCCACAUGUCGAAGAAGCAUCAAAAUCUGAAGAAAUAACAGUGACGGAUCGAAAUUUUGACGAAUUAAUUACAGAAGAGAACGUUCUCAAAGUGGAUUCAACCUCGUGGGUGGAAGAAAUCGAGAAAGAAGCGAUGGCGGAUGACUUGGCUAGUCCUCUGUCUCCAGUUUCGAACGAAGUGACAGAAACUGAGACAUCGCAGAAAACGAAAGAUUCGUGGGCUGCUAUAGUUAGCAAACACGUGGAACCACUGGAACCACUUUCAUCGCCGAUCGGCGAGAAAGUAACAGCGAAAAAGGAGCAGAUUGUCGAACAACAUUUGCAUCCUCAAGUACAGAUUCACGUGGAAGAAGCACCGGAACCAGUACCGAUCGAAGAAGUGGUUCAGAUAGACGAACAGGGUUUCAUGGAAUUCGUAAACCGAAAAGAACUGCGAUCCAGACGAUCCAGAUCGCGAUCCAGAAGUGCCAGACGGGAAGAAACGAGCUCGAGACAGUCGAGUGAGAAGCCGAUUGUUCCUGAAGAAAUUUUGGCAGAUGAACAGAUGCAAACGAGUGCGCAGAGAGUGGAGGAGCAGAAGAAAAAGAAUGGAAGUAAAGGAAAGGAAGGGAAAUCGAAAGAUAAAGGUAAAGGGAAAUCUAGUAACGCAGAUCGUAAUCAGAUGACGAAAGAUAAGCAGGGAAAGGGUAAAGAGAAGGGAAAAGAUAAAGAAAAAAUGAGUGAAUUUGAGGAGAGAGGAGACACAGAAGAGAAGAUACAGAAACUGCCAGAGACUAAAAAUAAUAAGGAGGAAGAAGAUAGUUCAAAGACAAAAGAGGUUAAUUUAAGUCAGGAAAAGAUAAAAGAGAAGGUAAAGGAAAUGAAAGAGAAAGAGGAGACUGAAGUUCCAGAAACAGAAAAGGUUGAGGAGAAAGUUGAAGCAAAGGAGGUGAAAGAAGAAGCGCAGAUUGCAAAGUCUGAAGUUCCAGAACAAAAACCCGUAGGAAAAGGUGAAAUAAAAGAAAUAAAAGCUGUAAAGCCUGAGAGUCCAGAAGUAGAUAAAGCAAACGAAAUGGACAAAAAGAAGCCCGCGGACAAGUGGAAGAAAACAGAAAUGAAAGAGCAACCUGCUACGAGGAAGAACAAGAAAUCGAAGAAAGGAAAAUCUGAUAAGGAGCAACCCAAAGAGGAAACUGAGAAUAAAGAAUCAGUCAAACAACCGGAUAUCAUUCAGAUGACAGAGACAGAAUCGAAGUCGAAAGACGAAGUUAAGGAAAUUGAACCAGGAGCAAGUAAACCUGAGAUCGUCGAAGAAAUUAAAUCUGAAAAAUCAACGCCGGCAAGGAAACCUAAAGGGAAAUCUAAAGAAAAGAAAGCAGAAACAGUGGCAGAACAAAUUAGUGAAACGACAGUCGAAGAGAAGAAAGUAUCUGAAUUUGAAAUUAAAGAAGAAAUAUUAGCAAAAGAACCACACGCCAAGGAUAAGGAAAUCCCAAUGAAAGAAGUCGCGAAAUCAGACACUGAAAGUAAAUCUGAACUUGCCGAAGGAAAGCCGAAAACAGAAAAACGCAGAGGAAAAUCCAAGGAGAAGAAAAUAGAAACCGUGCCGGAACAAGUUGUCAAAACACCAAUUGAGGAGGAGAAAGCAUUUGAAUCUGAACUUAAAGCAGAAUUACCAGCAAAAGAACCAGAAGUUGAAGAGAUUAAAGAGGUGCAGGCAGAAACAAAAGAAAAACCAGCACCUGCACAGAAGCAUAAAGGAAAGUCUAAGGAAAAGAAAGUGGAAACGGUACCAGAACGAAUCGACGAGGAGAAAAAAAUACUUGAAUCCGAGAUCAAAGAAGAAUCGAUAGAAGAAGAAAAGAAAGAAAUCAAAGAAGAAGUGACAGGUGAGAGGAAUGAAAUUGAUUCUAAACUGGAGGAGAAAAAGGAGUUAGUUGAGAAAGAAGAAAUUAAAGAGGAACCAAUUAAGUCUCCGCAAACAUCUGUUGAAGAAACGACUUCAAAUACUCAAGAACAAGUUGUGACAGAAGAAAAGUAUAAACUUUCAAAGAAGGAAAAACGAAAGCAGAAGAAGAAAGAGAAGUCAGCCACACGAGCAACUAAUGAAGAGAAAUUGAAAAAGGAAGAGUCAGAGACGAUCGUCACAGAAAAGAGGGAAGAAACAAGCGCGAUUGUUGUUACACCAGAAGAAGUAAAACCGAAAGACAUAAUACCUAUUUCACCCGAUGAAAAUGAAACAAAGGGAAAGUUAGAAGAGAUUAAGAAAUUAACAACAAUCAUCUCUGAAGUGUCACUGCCUGAUGAAAUAAAGCUUGUACCAGAAACUACACUUAAGCCAAUAAUCAAGGAAAAAGAAAGAUCAAGAACACCAGAGGAAACAAAUCUACCUAAAUCUGCUGACAGCAAAGAAAAAGUUCCAGAGGACGUGGAAAAUCUUGCCGAAGAAAAAAUAGAGAUACCUAAACCAGUGGCAGAUAAAUCUGGAACUCCUAAAUCAAUGGCAGAUGACACAUUAGUGGUAGAUAUAGUUCGAAAACCUGAAACAGAGACAGAUGAAUCUAAACUAAUGUUAGAUAAAACUGGAAAAGAUAUAAAACAGGAGGAACCAACUUUGAAACGUAAGAAUAAACAUGCGAGGAAAACUAAACGCGAGGAACAAGAAGCAGCAACGAAGUCUACAGACGAAGAACCUCAGUCAUUAAAGGAUGAGAAAGAUACAGAGAUAUUAAGUACAGAUUCUAUUGUUUCGACAACUGUAGAAACUCCGAAAGAAAUAGUCGAUGAAAGGGAAGAUGUGACGAUAACUGAAGAGAAAAUAGAAUUAGACGUGGAAUUGAAAAACUUGGAGGUUGAUGAAAAACCGACAAUUGAGGAGGUUGAGAAAAAUGAGAAAGAAGUUAAGAACGUAUCGGAGGAAGAAUUUGUUGUCAAAGAAACAGUCAUCGAAGAGAUGACAGAAACAAAAGACUUUGCUGAAAGUCAAGAGGAGAUCGUUAGUGUACAAGAAACGGAAGAAAUUCCAAAAGUACAUCCUCCGGAAGAGGAAACUACGAAAGAAGAGAAGAAAGGUAAAGAUAAAACACACGAUACAUCCAAGGACGACGAAAAGAAGAUAUCCGAAGAGAAACCAUCAAAUCCCAUAGAAGAAAUAUCAGACAAAACUAAAGCCGAAAUUAAAGAAGGUGAAAUCAUUUCACUCGAAGAGAUCGACGAAACCAUCGAUGAACCUGCUGGAAUAAUAGUAAAUGAUAAGCUGACGGAGGAAACUGGCAAGGAAGAAAUAACAGAGAAGAAAGAGACAGGAGAAAUCGUAGAGAUACAAUCGGGAACAGUGAAGGACCUCGAGAGUAUAAGUCAAAGGACCGAUCAAGUCCCGCGACAGGAAAUAUCGAUAGAGAAAUUGUUAGACGAAAUCGAGUCACCCAUAACCAUAGAUUCGAUUCAAUCUCAGUUAGAAACCGAGGAGGAAUUCGAGAAGUGUAUAUCCAGUGAGCCCGAGAUAGAAACGGUCGACAUCGUGAUCGAGCCGGCGAAACCGAAGGUGCAAUUCUACAUAGCUGACGAGAUUCUGGUCCUGAGUCCCGAGAAAAAGAAACCCGUGCAAACGCCCCUAAUUUUGAGAACCCUGUCCGAACUCAGCAGAUCGAAAUUCCUCUCUCUCGAUAGCGGCUUCUGGCCGGACAAACAUCCGUAUCACGAGGCUGAACGCUACCUGUUCGAGAAUUUGGCCAACUACUCGAAGGAAAGCCCUUCCGGCGACGCGAAACGCGAUUCUAACGACAAAGACGAUUUCGACGGUGAUAACGGCGGUGGUUUGAACGAUCGCGGCGGGAACGGUGGCCCCUUGAAUUCUUAUUUCAUGGGUGGGCCGCACACCGAACGUUUGAUCGCCGAUCUGCCAGGCGGCAUAGGUAGCUGGAGCGAUUACAGUACUUACUUGUCGAGCGAGAACGAGCAGAGACCGGGUCAGAUUUCAGAGUUGAUUUCAGAAAAGAUCGAGAAUCCAACGUCAGACCCGUCCUGUCCCUCCGAAUUGUCCUCUGUUCGUCCCAACGACGAUCAGUCUGUUUCGAAAUUCGUCGAUGAACCUGUCGUUCCUACGACGCCGGGCAAUUCCGAGGAGGCGAAGUUGUUGUCGUUCUCGACUGUCGAGGUAUCCUUAAAGUUCGAUCAGAGCAGGAUCGUGAGCCCGGAUCGACGAUCAGAGUCCACACGUCCCGAUCCACGUGAGUUAUCCCUGACACCAAGCAUCCCUGACCACGGCCCAGAUCCCAAGGAACUGAAUUUAGGUAGAGAAAGAGGAUCGAUGCAGCGGCGCACUCCAAUCGUGGAGACGGAGAGAGAGACGGGGGUAGCUGAAGAUGAGGCUGAAAAGAGGAUACGAGGGAUCAAGGACAUCAUACAGGAGCGCCUAAUGGUUUUACAGCUGAGCGUUUCGAACCUGAAAGGGACCUACUUGCCACGAGAUAGCAUAGACUCUAUGCUAUCUGCGCUCACGAAUUUAUCGACGGAGCUCCAAGGAUACGAUCGAGAAGUGCGCCAGCUGGAAGAAGAGUUGCGUAAAAUUCCGGCCGAUCUGGAAGCUCAGAAGCUUCUGUCGAAUCUAGGGGAAGUUCAGUCCCGCGUCGCUACCUUAUUGUCACAGGCGGAACAAGGACGCGCCACCCUCGAGGGCGCGCGUGGUGAACAAGAGCAACGCGGCCACGAUAUCCACGAGUACAAGAAAUUCUUGGAUGAAACGGACAGCUGGUUAAAGAAUAUCGUGGCCGGUAUCAAGCAGCCGACCGCCACGAACAAGGCUUUGCAGGACGAGUUGAGCAGUCACGCGCAGCGGGUAUCGGAGCUUGAAUCGUUGCCAGAGAUCAGCACGCUGGCAAAGGUCCUGAAGAAUGCGCUGUUGGAGGUGAUGUCGCGUCUGCAGCAAAGGCAGCAGGUAUCCAACGUUUUCCAAUGCUCGGGGGCUUUCGCAAACUUCGCUGGUCUUCGCGCAACAGUCUCGUGAAGUAUAAUCACGGUGACACGGAAACAGAGAAUUUUAGCACGUACGAAAUAAAGUUCAAACGGCAAGAAAGAAAAAGAGACUAAAAUUGAAACAGCAAAUAUUUAUUAUAUACACUUGUUUUUCAAUUAAUCAUGCUUCGUACGCCGUGGUAACAAAAUCGCAGAAGUGAGAAAUAUGGGAAAAGAUCACAUUUGUUCAUACAUAUGUACAUACAAUAUUUGUAUAAAACGUACAUGCAUAGCAUCAUCGAUUCAUUUUAAACACGCAGACAAUUUUUGUCGAGACAUUUCUAGUCGACUUCUAGUCAAGUUCUAAUUUAUUUUUAAAUUGAAAAUUAAAUGAAAUAGAUUAUUCAGUCUCGUGUCGAUUGAAAAUCAAGAGAUCCUCGAGGAUGUAUACGAAGUAUGUAUAUUUGAAAAUGAUAUACAUAUGAUACAGCCUGUAGAAAACAAUGGUAAUAGAGUGAUAUAUAGUUAGAUGUAAGCAUGUAACAUUCUUUUCUUGUUUCUGCUUCUCAACGUAGUAAUUUAUGUUUAUCACGUAUCAUUUUGCACGAUAUUUAUUAAUGGGUAAAUUAUGACGGGACAAGGGUAUAUACAUUUUUAUGUACUUUUCAUCGUGCCAUUGCGUUUAGUUUUCACCUGGGCUUCUCAUCACAUGCAACACCUAUGACGGGUUAAAUAUCAAGUGUUAGUCGACAGCUUCGAGAUCGUUAAUUUUUUUUUUAUGACAACGCAAAGUUUCAUUUUACGAAAGAUUAUCUGCGAUGUUUAGCCCGCCAUUACGCCGUCAUUUUACACUCAUCGCACUGUCAUCGUUUACUCUCUUCUUACAACUUCAUGGUGUAUUUAGUUAUACACACGUAUGAAUUCUCACUCUUUAUGUUCCUUCUAGCUUAAGGUAAUGGAUAUAAUUAUAUUAGGUGCAGCAUUUGUUUAUGGAAUGUUAAUACAAUUACUCUGUACUUUUUUUUCAUGCUGUAAUUAAAGUAUUCUCAUUAAUCCCCA